CUCCCUCCUGACACAUAUGAGUCUGAAAAACUUCCUCUCGCAGCUUACUGGGGUCUGUUUGCAGCUGAUGUGCCAGUCCAGCAGUAACUUCUUGGACUCUUUCUCAGUGUAAAGGAUGGAAAUCAACAGAAACAGGAUGCUGUUUGUUUUCCUUUUGUCUUCUUGGAUCUUCCUUGACAUAGGAGUGUGUACUGCAGCAUCCGUACAAUCAGAGCUGAGAAUAACAACAAUAAAGCAAGAGCCAUAUACGAUGUCCAAAGGUGUCCACCUGGAGGGCUUUUGCAUGGAUCUGCUUUCUGAAGUGGCCAAGAAAGUGGGCUUCAAGUACAAAGUGCAGCUGGUGAAAGAUGGUUCAUAUGGCAGACAAGAUGAGAUUGGGAACUGGAAUGGGAUGAUUGGAGAGGUGGUGAGAGGGGAGGCAGACCUUGCGAUUGCUCCUCUGACUCUUACUGCAGCCCGGGAGAAGGCUGUGGGCAUGACCAAACCCUUUAUGCAGACAGGCAUCAGCAUCCUGCUAAGAAAGGACAUCUCAGAAGGCGCCGGCUUCUUUGAUUUUCUGACUCCCUUCACACUGGAAACCUGGAUUGGCAUACUCAUUGCCUACAUGGGGACUGCUGCUUGCAUCUUUGUAGUGACCCGACUCAGCCCGUGUGAGUGGAGUCAGCCUCAGAGUGAGCAAAGCAGAUUCAGUUUCCUCCAAAGUCUGUGGUACACAGUCGGAGCUCUGACACUACAAGGCGCUGGUCCUCAUCCCAAAGCCGUUUCCGGACGUGUCAUCUGCUGCAGCUGGUGGAUAUUUUCUGUUGUCGUCUUGGCUUGUUAUUUCUCCAACCUCAGUUCAUCUAAAACUCAGGAGUCGAGUCACCUGACGGUAAAAGGGUUUGAGGACUUGGCCAAUCAGGACAUGAUUGAAUAUGGCUGCUUGGCUGGUUCCUCCACCCUUGCUUUCUUCAAGAAUUCAAACAACCCAGUGUACCGUAGAAUCUACGAACACAUGGAAAGAACAAAGAGUUUUGUGUCAUCUAUGGAUGAGGGUGUCCAACGUGCAAAAGAGGGGAACUUUGCCUUCAUUGGCGAGUCUGUUUCUCUGGACUUGGCAGUAGCUCGUUACUGUGAGCUGGUCAGAGCACAUGAAGUCGUUGGCAUGAGGGGAUACAGCAUUGCUGCGGCCCUCGAUUCCCCAAUCAUAAAGAACCUCAGUGUGGCAAUUCUUCAGCUGAGCGAAGCGGGUGAACUCGCUUACCUGAGAAGCAAAUGGUGGGCAAGCAGCUGCAUAGCAGACAAGGCCAAGUCUUCAGCUGUGCAGUUGCACAGUCUCAAGGGGAUGUUCCUGGUCCUCUCUUUGGGCCUCGGUCUGGGGACACUUCUGGCUGUCCUGGAACUCACCUUCAAGAGUCGCAGAAAUGCAGCAGAGCAGGGGAAGUCAUGCUGCAAUGUGCUAACUGAGGAGCUGAGUCUACGCUUGAGGAACACCAACUCAAAUAAAUCCCAGGAAAAUGCAGACAAAGAGAAAGCAUAGAUUUGAUAUUUUAACCAUUAACUAGUCUAAAAAUGUAUUUCUUUUAACUUUUAGUUAGAAUUUUAUCUCAUAUUUCACAGAAAUGUCUUAUGUUAUGUACCUCUUAUUCAAUGAAAACAAUUACAUUUAAAAUGUAAAAACUCACAUUUUAUUAAAAUAUAUAAUUUAUUGCUUUUCACUUAUUAACUCUAAAGUUUUAAUGAAAAAUCAAAUAUUGAAUUUUAUAAAAAAAAAAGAAAGUAAUACACAUUGAGAUCCAAGUUUACACUUAAUAUCUAACAACUUGACUAACAAAUUAAAAUAACGUGUUUCAUACUCAUUAUUCUGUUUACAACUGUGCUAUGAGCUCUUUUGUACAGUUGGCAGCAGCAUCAUGGGAUUUCAGAAGUUUACUUUUUAAUACCUAUUAAGCUUAAAAAAAUGUGAUGUAAACAUUCCAGCUGGACUAAAAAAUAAAAUGAAACUGCUAUCACUUAAUCCCCCUCCUCAUCUUCCUUCCUCCAUUUGUGAGGUUUUGGGCUGUUUUUCUUCUUCUUUUCCAAAUGACUUUCAUGUCUUUGGUGUCAUGAAUCUGAACUGUCAUCUAAUCAAGAAAAUAAGAAUAAAAGGAAAAUGAAAUGCCA